AUGGGCGCUUUCUACCAGAUUUUUUUCCUUAUACUAAGCUUCAAUGCUUUCCUACCUUUCGCCUUCGCGGCUCAUCGGUCCCUUCGACCGAUUUAUAAGCCUGAUCUAUUAAACCGCCGAGAUGAUGUACCCACUGCUCUCGACGGAUGGGCUCUUUACAGCACUUACAAUGACUACUGCGAAACCAACGAUGAUUCUUAUGCAGAAGUACCUGAUGCAUCCUCACAAGGAACGGUCGAUAAUGCAGAGAAGCGCCUUACAUACUAUUCUGAAUUCGAUUGCGAAGACCGUACACUCACAUGGAGUAGCCUGAUUGCACAAACAGUCUAUUCAAGUCUAUUUAAAGCCAAGCUAGAUGACUAUGAUCAAGAUGUUGUGAUGAAGCGAAGCCGGGGACAAGGACCUCUUAUGCUACACGGUGCUUCGUUACAACAGCAGUUUUCUGGGGCUAUAAAUAUCCUUGAUGUUAUUGAUUACGUUUGGGUCAGCGCAGGGAGAAAGGCUGGAUAUCUGAUCAUGCCCUAUAUUUCAGAUGGUUCGGUUGCGGAUAAACUUGAUACAUAUUCUGCCUCGGGCCAAGAUACAGUCAACAAGGCCUUCAAACAGAUUCUCACUGGUGUGAAUGUUAUUCAAGCUGCGGGAGUUAUGCACCGUGAUAUCAAGCCCGCAAAUGUUCUUAUUGAUGGUGACACUUUAAAACUCGCGGAUUUCGAUUAUUCUCUCCAGAAAGACACAUCAAACGAAUAUGCGAUAGGCACUGAUGGCUAUAUCGCUCCUGAGGUCGUUCGAAUGACUACCUAUGAUAUGAAAGUGGAUACAUUUGCCCUUGGAAUGACCUGGAUGGUGAUGUCUGUACCAUCUCUCGCAGACAACAACAAUGAGAAACUGUUACUUCUAUGGAAGUCUGUUCUCACUGAGAGGGAUGGCAACACCUACCUGGAGGCCAGUCAGGUCGAGGAUACCCUGAAUUCAUAUGAAGUUUUACAAAAGGACGCUACAUUGCGCAGCCUGAUUGCAAAAACUCUUUGUGGACCUGACGAACGUUUGACCGUCGCAGAAUUAUAUACCCAGUUUUCGAAUGUGGCUGGAGUGUAA